GGAGCCAGCGGGGUUGGGGGGAGUUGGGGGCGGGCCUGAGGAUGCUUUUUCCUCUUAGAGCCCUUGGUCCCCCUCCGUCUCCACCACCCAUCCCUGCUGUGUCGAACCCUUGGGUGCCGAGUGGCAGGAGCCCCUGGGUGGGGUGUCCCAUUUGGGUCUGGCUGGCUGGGUCACUGAUUGUUGUGUGUACUUCCUUCCCCCAGAUCAUGCGGAUCAAACCUCACCAGGGCCAGCACAUAGGAGAGAUGAGCUUCCUACAGCACAACAAAUGUGAAUGCAGACCAAAGAAAGAUAGAGCAAGACAAGAAAAAAAAUCAGUUCGAGGAAAGGGAAAGGGGCAAAAACGAAAGCGCAAGAAAUCCCGGUAUAAAUCCUGGAGCGCUCCCUGUGGGCCUUGCUCAGAGCGGAGAAAGCAUUUGUUUGUACAAGAUCCACAGACGUGUAAAUGUUCCUGCAAAAACACAGACUCGCGUUGCAAGGCGAGGCAGCUUGAGUUAAACGAACGUACUUGCAGAUGUGACAAGCCAAGGCGGUGAGUCGGGCUGGAGGAAGGGGGCCUCCCUCAGGGUUUCGGGAACCAGACCUCGCACUAGGACAAAACUGAUCGCUCACUUGCGAGACAAACCACGCCGCUGCCGCCGCCGCCGCCGCUGCCACCACCUCCACCACCUCCACCACACCAUCACCAUCGACAGAAUAAUCCUUGAUCCAGGAACCUGAAAUGAAGGAAAGAGGAGGCUGUGCGAGCACUUUGGGGGCCGGAGUGCCAGACCCCGGCACAAGCAUUCCCGGACAGGUGACCCAGCAUGGUCCCUCUUGGAAUUGGAUUCGCCAUUUUUGUGUUUCUUGCUGCUAAAAUCACCAAGCUCCGAAGACUAGAGUUUUAUUUCUGGGAUUUCCCCGUAGACACGCCUACCCACAUACAUACGUUUAUAUAUAUAUAUAAAUAUAUAUAUGUUAUAUAUAUAUAAAAAUAAAUAUAUAUAUUUUAUAUAUAUAUAAAAUAUAUAUAUCCUUUUUUUUAAAUUAACGUCGCUAAUGUUAUUGGUGUCUUCACUGGAUGUAUUUGACUGCUGUGGACGUGACCUGGGAGGAGAAUGUCCCACCUGAAUCCCAAUAGGGAAGAGGGACGGGAUGACAAGUUCUGGCUUGGUCCUUGGGUCGCUUGAGGAAGGCCAGGGUCCUCUCCCCUGUCCGGGAACAUGCAGGGCCAGGCCACAAGGGCAAGGUUGGCCCUCAGCUGGGAGCGUUGACAAGCCUACCCUGGCUCCAGACCUUCGAUUCCUGAGCCAGGUGGACAGAUAAAGACAGAUGAGAGGUGCAGGGACAAAGACGCUGGCUCCAACCAGGAGCUUGUAGGGGAGCCCCAGGACGUGGUUAUGCUUUGGGGCUCCCUGUCAACAUGUGUUGCAUGGGCAUCUUGCCUCCCAGGGGCACUGCCUGGAAGAUUCAGGAACCCUGGGCCGCCUUCACCCUACUGUCACCUGCUUCUGAGUUGCUCAGGAGGCCACUGAUGGGUGUCCCGGCGAAAGAAGAGUGAAGAAAUAGCCCGGUGACAGCUCCUCCUCCUGGGACCGGCCCUCGUUCUCUCCUUGGCCCCCCUGCCAUCCCCUCCCAGCCCCACUUCCUGGGGUGCAGCCCAGGAGGUCCUGAUGCGCCCUUGACCCAUGGAAACCACUAGUUCUGUCCCCUUCCCUGGAGACCUGGCUGUGUGUGUGUGAGUGGUUAACCCUCCUCUGUCGCCCCUACUUCACCCCACACUGUCCCCCAGUUUCUUCCCUUCCAGAGGCACAGAGAGACAGGGCUGGAUCCACGAGCCCUCCAUGGAGGCAGAGAAAGAGAAAGUGUUUUAUAUACGGUACUUAUUUAAUAUCCCUUUUUAAUUAGAAAUUAAAACAGUUAAUUUAAUUAAAAGAGUAGGGUUUUUUUUCAGUAUUCUUGGUUAAUAUUUAAUUUCAACUAUUUAUGAGAUGUAUCUCUUGCUCUCUCUUGCUCUCUUAUUUGUACUGGUUUUUGUGUAUCCAAUCCAUGUGUCCAAUCUUUCUCACUCCUUCUCCCUGAUCGGUGACAGUCACUUGCUUGUCCUGAACAGAUAUUUAAUUUUUGCUAACACUCAGCUCUGCCCUUCCUCCCCUCUUGUCCCAAGCCCCGGCUCCCCACCACACAUUCCUUGGAAAUUAGGUUUCAAUAUACAUCUACAUACUAUAUAUAUAUUUGGCAACUUGUGUUUGUAUGUAUAUAUAUAUAUAUGUUUAUGUAUAUAUGUGAUUCUGAUAAAAUAGACAUUGCUAUUCUGUUUUUUAUAUGUGAAACCGAAACAAGAAAAAUAGAGAAUUCUACAUACUAAAUCUCGCUCCUUUUUUAAUUUUAAUAUUUGUUAUCAUUUAUUUAUUGGUGCUACUGUUUAUCCGUAAUAAUUGUGGGGAAAAAAAGAUAUUAACAUCACGUCUUUGUCUCUAGUGCAGUUUUUCGAGAUAUUCCGUAGUACAUAUUUAUUUUUAAACAACAACAAAGAAAUACAGAUAUAUCUUAAAAAAAAAGCAUUUUGUAUUAAAGAAUUUAAUUCUGA